UCUGCCGUGGACGAUGUCGCUCACACCGCGACUUCUGCCGUGGACGAUGUCGCUCAGACUGCGACUUCAGCUGUGGACGAUGUGGCUCAGACGACGGGCUCGACGCUGGAUGGAGUCACGAGGACGGUGGGCUCUACACUGGAUGAUACGACCGAUACCGUGGGCUCGACUCUGGACGAUACGACUGAUACCGUGGGCUCGACUCUCGACGACGUGACCCAGACUGUGGGCUCGACGCUGGACGACGUGACCCAGACUGUGGGCUCGACGCUGGACGAUGUGACUAGCACGGCA